GAUUAUCCAAAGACCUAUGGGAGCUGGAGUUCCUGCUCUCAGUGAAUUUACUCUUUGGAUAGGACGAGAGGGUGGGCACAGCUGAGAAGUUUCCGUUUAAAAAGGUAAGAGUUAGUAAGAAUAAACACAACCUUAGAAUAGCUGCCCUCUAGCAGUGUUUGAUUUUCCGAUGAGCAGUGCAAGAUCGUGGGCAUUGUGGGUCGUGCAGCUGGCGUGUCUGGGAGGCCUUGUGGGGAGGAGGGCGGAGACUGGGUCUUGGAGAAUGGCUUGGGAUUGGCAAGGCCGGGAAAGAGGAGCAAGGAGGAGGCGGUGUCUGUGACAGUGAGUGGGUCAGAAGUAGGGAAAAGGUCCAAGGGAAAGGCAAGGGCUAGGCUUAAUUCUAGAGUCGAAAUAGGCUUUACGGGCAGAGAGUGCAGCUCCAGGUGGCUGAUAGUGAUGCUUGCCCUCUGGUGCAAGCUGCGGGCUGGGCUGGAGGAGACAGGAAGUCCUCUGCGAGCUGGAAGAGAGCGUUACUGAGACUGUGAUCAUCCCAGCCCGAAGUCAUCGGAACAGAAUAUCCAGAGCUCAUUUCUGGAGGAGAAAAUGAACCAAGGAUAGAAGGACACCAUGCCGGUGGAAAGGAUGCGUAUGCGCCCGUGGCUGGAAGAACAGAUCAACUCAAAUAUGAUACCAGGGCUGAAGUGGCUUAGCAAGGAAAAGAAGAUUUUUCAGAUCCCCUGGAUGCAUGCUGCUAGACAUGGGUGGGAUGUGGAAAAAGAUGCACCCCUCUUCAGAAACUGGGCCAUCCAUACAGGAAAGCAUCAACCAGGAAUAGAUAAACCCGACCCGAAAACGUGGAAGGCAAAUUUCCGAUGUGCCAUGAACUCAUUGCCUGACAUCGAGGAAGUCAAAGACAAAAGCAUAAAGAAAGGAAACAAUGCCUUCAGAGUCUACCGGAUGCUGCCCAUGUCUGAGCGACCUUCUAAGAAAGGAAAGAAACCAAAGACAGAAAAAGAAGACAGAGUGAAGCACAUCAAGCAAGAACCAAUUGAGUCACCUUUGGGGCUUAGUAACGGAGUAAGUGAUCUUUCUCCUGAGUAUGCGGUCCUGACUUCAACUAUAAAAACUGAAGUGGAUAGUACGGUGAACAUCAUAGUCGUAGGACAGUCACAUCUGGACGGCACCUAUGAGGAUCAAGAGAUUGUCACUAAUCCCCCGGACAUCUGCCAAGUUGUGGAGGUGACCACCGAGAGUGAUGAGCAGCCGGUCAGCAUGAGUGAGCUCUACCCGCUGCAGAUCUCCCCCGUGUCUUCCUACGCAGAAAGCGAAACUACCGAUAGCGUGCCCAGUGACGAAGAGAGCUCGGAGGGUCGGCCACACUGGCGGAAGAGGAACAUUGAAGGCAAACAGUACCUCAGCAACAUGGGGCCACGGAACACAUACCUGCUGCCCAGCAUGGCCACCUUCGUCACGUCCAACAAGCCCGACCUCCAGGUCACCAUCAAGGAGGAGAGCUGCCCCGUGCCUUACAACAGCUCCUGGCCCCCAUUCCCAGACCUCCCCCUCGCCCCCCCCAUGAGCCCCACGCCCAGCAGCAGCCGCCCGGACCGGGAGACCCGGGCCAGCGUCAUCAAGAAGACGUCAGACAUCACCCAGGCCCGCGUCAAGAGCUAUUAAUAAGCCUGCGACUUCCCCUGGUGGUUGUCGGGAUUUCUUGGCUUUGUCUUUAUCGUUUGUUUGUAUUUUAUUUUUCUCUCUGACACCUGUUUUAGACGAAUCUUAAGGGAAAAAGCCUUGACAAAAUAGAACAUUGAUUGCUGUGUCCAACUCCAGUACUGGAGCUUCUUUUUAACUCAGGACUCCAGCUUCUUGAUAGACGCGUUAUCUCUAGAGCCUGCUGGAUCUCCCAGGGCUGCUUCCUCAAGUUCAAGGACGUCAUAGGACCAACCCCCAUACGGGCAGUGAGGUGCUGCGUUGCCUAUGGUCAAGGCCAGCAUGGUGGAAUGGAUGCCUCCACACGGAGGAGAAAAUGUGAACUAGCUGGAAUUUUUUAUUCUUGUGAAUAUGUACAUAGGGCAGUACUAGCGACGUUGCAGUCUGCUUCUGCACCUUAUCUUAAAAGCACUUACAGAUAGACCUUCUUGUGAUCCUGCUCUGUUUCACAGCACAGUCAGCAUCCCCUUCCCUAGCCUUCUUCCCUCCUCCCCUCCCACCCCUGGCCCUUCAUCCCUUCCCUUCCCAUCUCUUUCCCUUCAUCCCCUCCCCUCCCCCCCUCUCCCAUUCAUUUUCUUUCCUCCUCUUCCUCCCCUCAAAGGCCAUGUUCCACAUCCCCGAGGAGGAGAAGAAGACAAUGAACUUCUCCACCGAUGUCCCAUUUUAAAAGACUGCUUUAAAAAAAAAAAACAGCAAAAGAAAAUCUUUCUAAUCUGCUAUGCUUGAAUGCCACGCGGUACAAAGGAAAACUAUCAUGGAAAGAUUAUGCAAAUUCUCAGAUUUGAAGACAAAAAUACUCUAAUUCUAACCAGAGCAAGCUUUUUUAUUUUUUAUACAGGGGAAUAUUUUAUUCAAGGUAAAAUUCUAAAGAAAAUAUAAUUGUUUUUUAUCUUUUCUACAGCAAAUUUAUAAUUUUAAGAUUCCUUUUCUUGUUUAUCGGCAGUUAUUACAUCCUUGUGGCACAUUUUUUUUUUAAUUUUGUAAAGGUGAAAAGCUUUUAUGAGCUCAUGUAGCAAUCAAAUUAUCCUGUGGAUUGAUAAUAAAUGAAUAUGAUAUAUAGUUAAAUUUUUAA